AUGACAGUACCGGCGGCCAGCAUCGAUUUCGUCACGAGGGAAGCGAAAUCUUUCUUCCCCGAAGAGAUCUCCUCGAUGAUUUUGAUCAGGAUGAAGGAAGCUUACUUGGGCACGACUAUCACGAACGUUGUGAUCACGGUACCGGUGUACUUCAACGACUCUCAACGUCAAGCUACGAAGGACACGGGCACUAUCGCCGCUUUGAACGUCCUGAGUAUCAUUAACGAACCGACCGCAGCCGCCAUCGCUUACAGACCCGACAAAAAGGAUAGUGGUGAAAGGAACAUUCUGAUCUUCAAUCUCGGCGGUGGUGCUUUCGACGUAUCGAUACUGACUAUUGAUGAUUUACACAUUUAA